UUCUCUGCCUCUCUACUUCUUCUUCUCACUCAUCAGGUGGAUAGAAAUGGCGUUGGCUUCGUGGAAUCUCACUUCACUGGCGUUCAAGGGUUUAUUGUCAGCAUCUCACGACCAACGCCUCUUCUCGGCGGCUCAACCCACACCCAAUCUAAUCCUGCCUCGUCACUGUUUAUCUCGCUCUGUGCUCGCUUUCUCACGCCGUCGAAAAUCCAACUCUCCAGUCCAGUCUUCGAAGAAAAACAAGAAAAGUUCGGCUCGUAAUAAUGCUGAGGAGGAUGCUGAUUUAGAUGAAGAUGCUUUUGAGGCACUAUUUAAUCAGCUUGAAGAAGAUCUCAAGAGUGAUAAUCCAUCCAUAGAUGACAAUGAUGAAGAGAUAAGCGAAGAAGACCUUGCUAGGCUUGAACGUGAGUUAGAGGAGGCUCUGGGGGAUGAUGAUGAGCUAUUAGGAAUGUUUAACUUGAUUACAGAUGAAAUUGAAAGUAAUAUCGAUGCCGAAGAGGUAGGUGCUGAAGAAGAAGAAGAAGAAGAAGAAGAUAAGGAGGAGGAGGAGGAUGAGGAUGAUGAGGAUGAAGAAAGACCAGUAAAGCUCAAAAAUUGGCAACUUCGAAGAUUAGCUUCCGCUCUGAAAACUGGCCGCCGUAAAACUAGUAUUAAAAGUCUAGCUGCUGAGCUUUGUCUUGAUAGGGCAGUUGUUCUUGAAUUGCUUCGUGAACCGCCUCCAAAUCUUCUGCUUAUGAGUGCUGCUUUACCGGAUAAACCUGUGCCAACAAUCACAGUGCCUGAAACUGAACCUGUGGAAGCUGUUCCUUUGGACACUACUAGAGGAGCUGUGGAAGCUGCAGAACCUGCAGAACCUGCAGAACCUGAGGUCAAGGGGAAGGUGCCAGUGCAUGUUAUGCAAAGCAGAUGGUCUGCCCAAAAGAGACUGAAGAAAGUGCAAGUUGAAACCCUUGAAAGAGUUUAUAGAAGAACAAAGCGACCUACUAAUGCAAUGAUUAGCAGCAUUGUGCACGUGACAAACCUACCCAGAAAAAGAGUUGUGAAAUGGUUCGAAGAUAAGCGCACUGAAGAUGGUGUUCCUGAGCAUCGCCUCCCAUUCCAACGGUCCACUUCUGAAACUGUCUUUUCCCCUUGAGACAAUCUGUAAAGGCAUGUAUUUAGAUAUGAUUUCAUAAUAGCAUCUUAUAAAGUAUUUUAUACAUGUCCCAUGUUCCUUUUUUAGUUUUGUAAGACCACCCACAGCUUGGCUUACCCCAAGAAGAAAUUCUAAAUUACAUGAAAUAAGUAAAGCUCCAAACCAAAUCUACUUCA